GAAUCUGGUGGGAGUUUUGUUUUUCAAGGUCAAAUACCUUAGACACGCCAAUCUAGUUGUGUGCAUAUGCUGACGUCGAUAAUUUCAACGCCUUCUUGAUCAUGUCCUGUGAUAUUAUUGAAACUCCUAGUGAUAAUGCUAAUCCAACUGUAGAUAACGUUAUUGGUGGAUUUACAAUAAUCGGUGAGAAGACCAAAUCAAAAAUAUCAAAUGUGAAAGAGGUUCUUCCAUAUUGGAUUACAAAUUCAGAAAAAUUUCCAGCUGAUUUACAGCACUGUCAUCCUAUCAGUGAUAAAGUAUUAAAGAUUAAUUCAGCUAUACAGUCACGUCUUUAUGAAAUGGGCAUUAGUCAAUUAUUUCCUGUUCAAUAUGCAGUGAUUCCUUACAUAAUGAACAGUUAUUACACAUCUAACUGCCGACCAUUAUGUCGUCCAAGAGAUAUAUGUAUAUGUGCACCAACCGGGAGUGGUAAAACCCUGGCGUAUGCAAUUCCAAUUGUUCAAUUACUGCUGAACAGAGUACAUCAAUUCAUUCGAGCACUAAUCAUUGUUCCCGUAAGAGAUUUAGCUGUACAAGUAUGUAAAACACUUAAUCAACUUAUUGAAGGAACAGAUAUCAAGGUUGCUCUUCUCGCUGGUAUUCAAAGUUUUACUAAAGAACAAGAAGAGAUUAUUGAUUCGUCAACGGAUAAUCCUACUGUUAAAGUGGAUAUUGUUGUUGCUACACCUGGACGUUUAGUGGAUCAUUUGUAUAAUACGUCGGGUUUUAGUAUGGAACGUUUACGAAUUUUGGUGAUUGAUGAAGCCGAUCGUGUUAUUGUCGAAGAGAAACAAAAUUGGUAUCGUACACUAGAAGAUGCCUUAUAUUAUUAUACAUCAUUGAAUAGUCACACUAACUCGACUUCCAGUAUUACUGGUCGUAAACGAUGCCGACCAAUUCCAACGAUUGGUUAUCAUUAUGAUAGAAAUGUUGAUAUUACACUACAAAAGAUCCUUGUUUCAGCCACAUUGACACAUGAUCCAGAACCGUUGAAACAAUUCAAUCUAUACUUUCCUAUUUUAUUUCGAUCAAGUCAAACAGAUUCUUCACUUGUAGAAAAUAAGAUCAUUCAGCCAACACUAGAAGAAGAAGCACAUGAUGGAAGUUACACAACGGAAAACAAGAAGAAGAAAAAGAAGUCGAAAUCACACCGAGAUGGUGAAGAAAGAACAAUGAAUGGUAUCGAUUCGGUGGAAACAAAAGACAAUAAUCACACAGCAAUAGAUACAACACUUUCUAAUGAUGUUAUUGAUGAUGAUGGCGGUGUCGGCCAAUUUUUUAUUCCACAGAACUUGGAGGAAUAUCUAAUCACAGCGAAACCGGAUAUACGUGUGCUAUUUCUUGUCUAUUUAAUACGUCAAAAACACAAAUCACGUAUUCUCUGCUUUACAAAUACAGUGAAUUGUGCCAAGCGCUUAAAUCUGCUGUUGUCUAAUUUUCAAAAUAUACACAGUAAAUUUCUGUCGAGUAAUCUGCAUCCAAAUAAACGUCAACGUAUACUGAAUUCAUUCAGUACUGGAAUGUGUCAAAUUCUAGUUUGUACAGAUUCUAUGGCGCGUGGUAUGGAUAUUGAAGAUGUUGAAUGUGUUGUCUCCUAUGAUAUACCGUCUAGUAUUAAAACGUACAUACAUCGUAUCGGUCGGACAGCUAGAGCCGGCAAGAAAGGUGUCGCUUACACUUUGCUGUCUACAAAUCAAUUCUAUCAUUUUAAAAAAGAUUUGAAACGUGUUGGUCGUAAAAAGAUAAAACAACUACAAUUCCACCAAAGUCAAUGGUCACAAUUCAAUGCUGAAUAUAAAGUUACAUUAAGAAAUUAUGAAAAUCUUAUGACAUCUUUAGGCAAAACUUCCUCGUCCCUGACAUCACUGCCAGAUGCUCUUACUGUAAAACAUGGAAAUGAAAAUAAAAAGAGCCUUUCAGAAAGUCGAUUUCACAACGAGGAGAACAAGAAAAAAGCUAAGCAGCAGAGGAAGAAGAAUGGGAAUAGCAAAGAAGUGCCUAUGGAGAUGGAAUAG